UCAGAGGCCGCGUUCAGUAGCGUCCGGGCGGGGACACUUGUGAUUGACUCAGAAUCUUGAUAAGAGGCGGUCGCUAGGCGACACCACGCGCAAUUCCGAGCAAUGGGAGGUGGGCGUCUCAGCCAAUCAACUUUCGCUACAGACCCAGAGGGGCGUGCCAAAUAGUCCAGGACCAAUCCGUGGCCGAGACAGGGAGGGGCCAUCCUCUCGCCAAUCUGAAGUGCUAGAAGGCGGGCCUGCCAGUCCGUGGACAGCUACGGCGCCAUGAAUAUCUUACCCAAGAAGAGCUGGCACGUCCGGAACAAGGACAAUGUCGCCCGCGUGCGGCGUGACGAGGCCCAAGCCCGGGAGGAGGAGAAAGAGCGUGAGCGGAGGGUGCUGCUCGCUCAGCAAGAGGCCCGCACAGAAUUCCUACGGAAGAAAGCCAGGCAUCAGAACUCACUACCUGCGGCUGAAGCAGCAGCACCAGGAGCCCCAAGCAGUUCUGGCCCUGUGGAUCUGUUUCGAGAGCUGCUGGAAGAAGGGAAGGGGGUGAGCAGAGGCAAUAAAGAGUACGAGGAAGAGAAGCGACGAGAGAAAGAGAUGCAAGAGAAGGCUCUGGGCAUCCUGACGUACCUGGGCCAGAGUGCAGCGGAAGCCCAGACUCAGCUCCCUUGGUACCAGCUCCCCCCAAGUCGGCGCGGCCCCCCGUCUGGUCCAGGACCAGAUGAGAAGAUCAAGAACCGCCUGGACCCUCUGGGGGAGAUGCAGAAACAUUUGGGGAAGAAGAGAAAGCACAGUGGUGACAAUGGCAGUCACAGCAGAAAGGAAAAGGAGGGACCUGAGAAACGACCCAAAGAACCCCCGUCCCUGGACCAGCUUCGAGCUGAACGUCUCCAGCGGGAAGCGGCCGAGAGGGCUCGGGCACAGGCCCUGCUGGCCCGGAUUGGAGGCACGGCAGCCCAGGAGGAUCAGCCAGAAGAGGUGGACGAUCGGCGGAGGCGGUACAACUCCCAGUUCAACCCCCAGCUGGCCCGGCGCCCCCGCCAGCAGGAACGCCCCCUGGCUCACUGACUCAGGGGGUACAGGAGAGGCCGCUGCUGCCAGCCGUCAUAUAAAACUAUUUAUUCAUAAAUAUUUUCCAAAAUGAAAAUAGGUUUACCAAAAAAAGUCCCUCACUGGGGAGGGGAGGAGGGGGCAGCCCUCGCCCCCGGGCCCCCAGGGUGGGGCUGAGAGAAAGAGAAAGCCUCCCAGCCCCCUCCCUGCUUCCUGGGGGAGGGGGCUGCCCUAUGGCCUGGGGCCUCCCCCCAGUCUUCCAGGGCAGGGCCCUCACCUGGGCAGGGGGAUCAGCAUGCGGGGGGAGGGAAGGGUGGAGGGAGGGGCCGGUGUCACUGGAGGUCCCGGUCCUCCAGGUAGCGGUACUCAAAGGUGAAGCCUUCCUUCUUCCGCUGGCCCCACUUCUCGUAGUCAAAGUAGAUGUAGGUGCCCUGGCCGGGGGAGAAGGCGAUCAGUGAGUGGACGAGGUGGUCGGGGGAGCUGGCAGAGGGACAGGUCUUAGGGCCAUGGAGGAGCCAGGCACCAGGCCAACUGCCCUGCAUGCACACGCCAUCUCACUCCACCCUCACAAGGCUCUUCUCAGGUGGGAAACAUUAUCACUCCUGCUUCAGAGGAAGCAGAGGGAGGCGCAGGGAGGUCACAUGCCAGAGCCGGGCCUCGACCCCGGGCACGUGUGCCAAACAUCCUAUUGCUUCUCUCGAUGGCUUUGGCUUUCCAAGCACUGAUCGAGUGCCGAGUACGUGAUGUAUGUCCUAGGGUUUAGUCUUCACAAAACCCCUGAGGCCAUGGAACAGGCUUGGAGUCUACAUACAUCCAGGCACGCUGCCAGGACAGACGUUUUACUGGCAACAGCGGUGGUGUGGGAACUUCUGAAGGACUGAUGCCUGGAAAUACACUAACUUAGAGGAUUACUUUGGACCAAACCGGGGGGGAACAGGAUGUCUGUAGUUAGUGUCCAAGAUGACACAGUGGGAAUGGGGCCGGGUUCUGAAUGAAUGGUGGAAAUGCUUCAAAGAACCUGAAGGAAUGGAGGGGAGGAAGUUCCCUGAGGACAAGGCCCUUGUUCAGUGCUUGGCAUCAGGUAAAGAUUUGGUGGAAAAAAACCACUGUGGAACAUACCAACUAAAAGUUGAAAUAAAGUCCAGUACGCCCAUGA